AUGAGUCUCAAGUUGACGACCCUGACGGCGAUGAUGGGGCUGAGCAGGUGGGCAGCAGCCGGGAUCAUCCCUCUGGAUGGUGGACACCUCCGAGACCCUCACGUCAGUUUCGCCUCCUCCUACAUGCACUUUCACGGGCCCGUGGAAGGUCCCGAGUUCGAGGUGAAGGUCCCCUACGUGGUCCCCCACGGCGAGCACAAUCACCUGUACGGCCAUGACCAUGAGGACCAUGGAUACACGGUGGACUACGUGGCACAUCCCAAGUACGAGUUCUCCUACGGGGUGGAGGACCACCACUCGGGGGACUUCCACAGCCAGAAGGAAUCGCGAGACGGAAGCAGCGUGUCCGGUGAGUACAGCGUGAAGGAGCCAGGAGGCGCAGUGAGGGUGGUCAGUUACCGGGCGGACAAGGACGGGUUCCACGCGGUGGUGCACACUUCCGGGCACAACGACCACUCCGGGGGCGUAUACGGGGGUCAAGGCCACCCCCGACAGGCUCAGGACCUGGGUGACCAGGAGGAGCACGUCCUGCAGGAAUACGCGGCCGCGUUUCCGGCCCACGAAGGAUACCAAUGACGUCCGCGGCGCGGCGAGUCAGCGGCAGCGCGCGAGCGCAUUAAUCAAUCGCUUUGUACCUGUAUACGACCGAGUGUCCUACAUAUCUUAUGCGAGGCUGCGAUUGCACCCCGAACGCACUCGCAUUAAUGGGGCGAGCAAUAGAUGUACGCGCGACGGCUCGAGUAAUUAGUGUCCGGCAUCUGACCCUGCCAAAGCGCCCUUGUCGCUGGACAAAAGGCGCCGGACCGGUGACGGGCUCUUUGCUUUUCCGCUAAUUACGAGAAAUGCCUUCGUCCACUAAUUACCUAUACGACCGAAUCACCGCAACAUCCCAGUUACCGAUUCCUCGGCCCCAAAUCCGCUAUACUCUCAAAUUUGCCGCACCU